AGCAGAUACACGAAGGCUGCGAGCUAGAAGAUUCCGUUGGAAAGUACUUGUGGAAAGUCUGGUUUCUUCGCUACACCUUCAUAUCGGAUAAACCAAGAGACAAACUUUGAGCAAUACUGAUGAAAUCUCCAAAAAUGAAAUCUCGGAGCAAAUCACAGUUUCUGGAAGAGGACGACGACCUCAACGCAGUGUUGUGUGAGUUUGACGCGGUAAUUGAGGACUUCACGUCUCCCGUGGAAAAAAGACAUUUUAGUUACGAGGAACACUUGAAAACAAUGAAGAGACGGAGCAGCGCCAGCGUCAGUGACAGCGGCAUCAGCGAUUCAGAGAGUGCGGAGUCCCUCAACAGAAACAGCCUCAGCUUUAGCGAUGAGAAGCUCAACUCCCCUUCGCCUGUCUUCUCUCCCACCUCCCCCUGUCCCACUGUCACAUCCCCCAGAGCUAAACUUGGAGACACAAAGGAACUAGAGGACUUUAUUGCUGACCUUGACAAGACAUUAGCAAGUAUGUGAGAUGAAGCCAGAGCUAACUGGACAAGAGCCCCUGGGGGGAACUAACGCACCAAUAGGAGCAAGCAAGGCCCCACCCCUCACCUUGGACACAAACUGGCCAACUGUGGUGAAGUGAUAGUGAAAUGUGGUGACACAUGGUGUAACUUAUGACCGACCAUGUCACACACUUCAUCCUGCUCCAAAUUGGGAAACUUGAGCAGAAUAUUAUUUAAAAGGCUUUUUAUAGAUAUAUAUUUGUAAUUUUAUAGAGCUGGUUAUUGUAAAUUUAUCAGUGCUACAUUUUUGUGAAAUAUAUUUUUGUAUCUUUUUGUGUAAA